AUGGGGGUGCGGGGUUUGUGGUCGUACGUUCGAGGUAAUGAUUCCAACUUCCGUGAAGUAAGACUAAAUAACUCCUACAUUGUUUUUGAUGGGUAUAAUAUUGUCAACAAGCUUUACUUGGACUCCCCUAUUCCCACGCAAUACAAUGGUGAAUAUUUGGUAUAUGAUAACGUAAUUCAACAAUUUUUGGAUAAUCUCCGGAAGUGCAAUCUCGAGCCCAUUUUUGUGUUCGAUGGGAUUCGCGAGGUUACAAAAUUGACUACCGUCCUUAGGCGGAGCGGGGAUCGUCUUAUUACUCUAUCUCACCUACAAGAAGAAGCUACAAGAAAUGCAGGCAGUGACGGUAACUCGACUGCAUUUCGAGUCGAGAUACAACCUCCUCUUGCCGCCUUGACGUUCCAUUUAGCUCUUGACCGGCUUGGGGCGCUGCAAGUUGUUGCCAACUUCGAGGCUGACCAACUGGCCGCUGCUCUAGCCAUUUAUCUCAAUGCACCGUUAGUCUCCAACGACUCCGACUUUUUUAUUUUCUCACCUUACUGGGCCGACCAUGGUGGACUCAUCUUCGUGCCUACCGACCUCUGUGAUUUUCAUACCCCACGUGCCUACGAGGGUGGUUUCUACAUUGAGGCACAUCAGUUUGUAGGACGCGAAGGACCUAUUUUUCACAAACUGGCCCCUGUGCAAAUACCUCUUUUUGCCUCUCUUUGUGGAAAUGACUACACCCCACCGGGAUUUUUCAACCUUCACCUUCCUGGAUCUGCACCCCAAUAUCCUUAUGCGCGACCUACUGCCCAAGCUGCCACAACUUCAGCUGUGGCUUCGAGAAAUGCGACUAAGUUUAGGAGGCUCGUGGAUUGGCUCUCGGGAUUUGGUGAUGAUAUCGUUGAACCUGUGGAACGAGUCCUGUCUAGUUUUCCACUAUCGAAGAGGCCCGAGGCUGCUUACUAUUUGCACGCGGGUCUUGCAGCCUAUCACGUUCCACUGGAACAGCUUUCUCCAUACUUACAAUUUCUCUUUGGUGAAACACCUCCUCCUCCUCAGGUGCAUCAGAUACUGCCGACUCUCCGAUACCCUACUCGCGGGGGUUACGGUGUCAGAGCCCUACAAGUUCUGGUUGAAGGCGUCAGUGGUCCAGAUUAUCUUGCAUCCUGGUCUCCUAGACUGGUGCAGAACUUCCGUCGAGCGCGAAUGUCGACACACCCAUGUGACGCGCUCUACGCGUAUGGAAUCGUUUGCAACCCAGUUGUUGAAGACAUUCAAGGUCGAGAACCCUUCCAUUUAUGUACCCUUCCUAUUCGCCGCCUACUUGUUGGACUCCUUCUGGACGCCUGCUUAACAGACGUUCGGAGCUUGCCUGGUGUGUAUGGUCCUUCUCACCGCCUAUUCUACAAUGAGUAUCGACGCGUUGGCCGGACGAGUUUGGAGAAGUGUAGAGUAAGUUUUGAGAGGGUCUCACUUGGUGGCUCUACCGGAUUUGAAUUCCUUCGACAACAUCUCAGUAUUCCCCCAUGUCCAACUAUCAUCCCUGCCUGGCUCCACGGCCUUUCUUGUGUUCUCUUUCUCUGGGCCCGUUUUAAUCAACGUCCAGAGUCGGUCAAACUCGCCUCUUCUCCCAUUGCUCUGGCGGUUUGUGCAUGUGCGGUGGCUACACAAAUGCGACUACUACAGCACUCUGAAGAUAGGGCUGCGGAAGUGCGUAUCGCCAUUGCGCGUGAUUUUAGGUCGUGCAGUCGAUCGAGAGGAGAAGUAGAACCUCUGCGGUUCUGCUUUCUCCACGCCAUUGCCCAACUUCAAUCUGUGCUCCUGUAUCUGACGAAUCUGGUUUGGCUUAUAGAUGCGCUGGUUCCCGAGGAAAGUGGUAGUAAUUGUGGCAUGGAGAUGCUUCCACCUCAAGUAAUGUUUCCGUCGGGGUGUUUGGCGCACCACAUUGCCUGCCGACUCUUUGGUAUGCCUCCGGAAAAACGACUACCGUUGGUUCUCACCUAUUGGCUUCCUCGUCUUCUCGGUCGCGUGGAGGCUGGAUUUUUGGAACAGGUGUGUUCAAUGUUCUCGGGAUUAAUGAAUUUUGUGGACAAUUUGUUGGAGGCGACACCGCCAGCCGAAUUUCGGGCUCACCAACGCCGACCACCACCGUCGACUUCGUCUGUAGGUGAGCGCUCCACUCCAUGCGGACACAAGGCGGCGCGAUGUGAUGUUGAGGAGAAAGUGAUGCAGUAUAUGCGUGAUGCUGGAUUGGAGGACUCUUGA